AUGUCGAGGGCGAGGCCGCGAAUCGUGCUGACGCGAAACGGUGAACAAGAUGCUGAUGUUGUCGAACGCAUGAUCGUAAUCUCCAAGCGAUUCCUCCCGAACUCUGAUCCCAGCUGCUCCCUGGCUGCUCUCGCGACGCUUGACGACCCAUCAGCCUCGACCAACAGCGAGCUGGCCACCUCGGCCGAGCUUUUCGGUGCCGCUGGUUUUCGAGAUUUUUGCGAAGUUUCAAAAGUGGCCUCCAGGGCGGCGAGCUCAGCUGGGCAGCGGCGCUCGCAGCGAGUGCCAAAGCAACGGACGCUCGAGCUGGCCAUCGCAGACCAGCGCAGCGCGGCGCAGCGCGGCGAGCCCAGCUCGGGUCCAUACUCGAGCUCGUCGUCGCCAUCUGUCUUCCCGAACACCAAGCCUGAAGCAUCAGCCUCAAGAAUCCAAGAUGACACGUUGGAGCGCAACUCCUGGAAUGCAUCGACAAAUGGCAGCGCAACGACUUGUCCAAUGUGCAUGCUGCAGCCGUUCGUUAAGACUGUCAAGUCCAGCGCCUACUUCUCGCGCUACCAGGUCAAGUACCGCCGCCGUCGCGAGGGCCGCACCGACUACUACGCCCGCAAGCGUCUCGUGUCGCAGGCCAAGAACAAGUACAACGCCCCCAAGUACCGCCUGGUCGUGCGUUUCUCCAACCGCUACGUCACCUGCCAGAUCGUGCACGCCAAGAUCGCCGGUGACUACGUCCUCACCCAGGCUUCGUCCAAGGAGCUCCCCCGCUACGGUGUCAAGACCGGUCUUGCCAACUGGACCGCCGCCUACGCCACCGGUCUCCUCGUUGCCCGUCGUGCGCUCACCAUCCUCGGCCUUGCUGACAAGUACGAGGGUGUCACCGAGCCCGAUGGUGAGAUGGCCGAGGUCGAGUCGCUUGGCGACGACGAGCCCCGCCCCUUCAAGUGCUUCCUCGACGUUGGUCUGAAGCGCACCUCGACCGGUUCGCGUGUCUUUGGUGCCCUCAAGGGCGCCUCGGACGGCGGCAUCUUCAUCCCCCACUCGGAGAAGCGAUUCCCCGGUUACGACCCCGAGGCCAAGGAGCUCGACGCCGAGCUGCUCCGCUCGUACAUCUACGGCGGCCACGUUGCCGAGUACAUGGAGUCGCUCGAGGAGGAGGAUGACGAGCGCUUCAAGAAGCAGUUCUCCACCGCCCUCGAGCAGGAGGUUGGCUCCGAGGACCUUGAGGACAUGUGGACCGAGGCUUUCGAGAAGAUCCGCGAGGACCCCUCGUUCACCGCCUCGGACAAGUCCAAGAACUGGGCCGCCGAGUCCAAGAAGUACAAGGCCACCAAGCUCACCUACGAGCAGCGCAAGGCCAAGAUCGCCGACAAGAUCGCCGCCUUCAAGGCCGGCGCCGAGCUCUAA